AUGGCUUCGGAAGAUGUUGAGAUGGAGGACGUUGAGGCGAAGGCCGAGCCAGUAGAGGUUAUUCCCUUCCGCCCAGUCUCCGUAUUACAAGUCAUCACCAAGGCUCAAGCUGAGCAUGGUCUCCGGCAUGGAGAUUUCAAGCGAUACUGGAAGUACUGUGCUGACCGCUUGAAGCGAAUGCGUCGUCAUGCGGGUAUGGUCCACAAGAACAAGUCGUUGAAACGCCACAAGAGCAAGUUCGAGAAAAAGCAUAUCACUGAUGAGAACUUCACAUCUGAAACUAUCCUCGAAAUCCUGAUCUUCGAGUGCGAACGCUGCUGGGCCACUGGGAUGCACAUGAAGGAUUCCGACUUGGAUGGGAACGCCAACUCCCGGAAGCGCCAGGAAAUUUUCAGGAAGCUCAAGCGAGCCGUUCACCACGCUGAGGUGCUCGAAGGGCUUGUUGGCAGAUCUCCCAGGUGUGCUCCUGCCACAAAACUGGAGGCGCAAGCCUACCUGUCCUUCUUGAUGGGCUUCACAAACCUCGAGAUGAAGCGCUGGGGAGAAGCAUAUGAGAAACUAAAGGCUGCUCGCGCCAUCUUCGAGCGCCUGGCCGAAGCCACGAACAAUACUGGGUUGAAGUCACUGUACAAGACAAGAUGCGAUGAGCUGCAGCCGCAGCUUCGCAUUUGUGAGUACAACACGGAGGGCCCGGAGACUAAGAUGGCGAAGAUCGGCGAGUUGAUGGAGCUGCGAUUGCAGAUCAACGACAAAGAAGACGUUGAUAAACUGAUCGCACAAAUGCGUGCCAAGGCGGCGAGUGAUCAAGUUAUUGAGAUCAGCUGGGGAGGGGAGAAGACUACCGUGUCUGAGGAGAAGGCUCUCGCCGUCAUUUCUGGCUGGCAUCAGUCUGAAAAGGAGCUGGCUGAAUGUCGGGAUCCGAAAGAACGCAUGGCUCUAUAUGAAAAGCAAUUGGCUGAUACCAGAGAUGCUAUCGAUAAGAUGAGCGAUCUCAUUCGCAGAAACGCUGCUGAUAAUGUUGAGACUCAGUCUUACCAACUCGUUCGCUGCUACCUCGAUUACCUUCGACUUUCCAGCACCGCUGAGCGCUACUUAGCCAUGAUUGAGAACACAAAAUCCGAAAAGAAGUACCGACCCCAGGAUUUGCUCCGUCUCUACGACUCUGUGAUCGAAAUCUACAAAGAGGUGAAAGAAGUGAAUGGGGCAGCCUGUGACGAACAGUUAAUGGCUGCUUCUCGAGCUCGCAUUGAAUACUACCGAGCCUUCAGGUGCCAUUACAUGGCAGCUGCGUACGGUUCUUUGGGAAAGCUUGAUGAGGCUUCAGCGCUUUUCGGGAAAACCGAGGAGCGUAUCCGGGAAGCUGAGCGGCUGUUGAAGUCGGUUGGAAAGGGCAACCCUUACCUCAACGAGUCCUCGACGCCACUUGCUAGUCUCUUGGCCGAAACGGCUGCAGCCCGCGCGGCGGUGAACGCUGAACGCCUUGCCGCCGCGUCGAGCGACACUCAAGCUGCUUCGGAGGUUGAUGGGCGACCGCUGGUAGAGACUCUCGACGAGUGGCGCCAAUUUCCCACUGUUGCCGCUGCUCUGCAACAGGCAAAUAUCGUUGUUCUUCCUCCUCCACCGUUGCCGAUGCCUGGAAAGGCUACGUUCUUCGAUUUGGCUCACUUUGAUCUCCAGAUGCCGGAUCUCUCCUCUCGAUUAGCUCGUCUGGAGGAAGAGCGUAAGACCCAGCAACAGCGAACAGCUCAGAAGUCUCAAGCCAAGAAGGGAGGACGGCCAGAGAAGAAAACCGAGCAGCAACAACCCGCGGAAGGAGCCCCGGCUGAAGAGAGCGGACUAACAAACAUGGUCAAGGGAUGGUUCUGGAACAAGAAG